CGUGAGUAUGAUCUCAUUCUUCGUCAUUCAACUGGGAGGGUCGGCCGCGCAGUCUCACAGUGAACUUCGGGUUACACGCACGUCGCAGCCCCCGUCCGUUGUAAACAAACAAUUCUUCGUUUGAAUUUGAAUUAAGAACGCCAAGAUGAAUAUCAACAGAAUGUCCAUCAUCAAAUUCUUGGAGCUGGCUCUGACAUGCACCUGCGUGGGGCUCCACUACCAGAGCUACAACGCCGACCCCGACAUCGGCAUGCUAGUCACCGGCACCUUCGUCGGCUUCCUCAUCAUCUUCGCUGGGGCUGCCGCAGGGUACGUGCUGCAGUCUCCAUCCCACAAGAGGGUUGAUAUCUUCUAUUCUCUGGUCGGCGUGUGCUUGUUCGUCGCGAGCGGUGCCGUCAUCAUCGACAGAUACCAACAUCAAUCGAGGUCGGAGAUCGUGAGAUACAACAUAGCCAAGGGUUCCCUGGCCAUCAUCAAUGGGGCGAUUCUCCUGGUUGACGCCGUGUUGACGCACCGGGGUGAAUAAGAAGAUACAUAGCCUACGGGUUCGAACCUCUUCAGAACCAAAGUCUUAAGUUUUACUAUUUAUUGCGCGAAGCCUGUGACCUGUAUCGAAGUUGCAUUCCUUAGGACCAGUUUCACUAAUGCCUGAUUAAGUUUGGGAUAGUUAUCUGACACAUAACGCUAUGGUAAAGCAGGACACAUAUUGUCCGUUAAAAUUCAUUAUAAACUCGUUUUUUGGAUGUAGUUAAGUCAGUUCAACUGAUCAGUUUACCUGGCUGUAAGGGGUGACUUUAUUUGUCAGAUAUUUCGAUCCCACCCGUUUAAACAAAUGUUGUAGUUUAUCUGCCAGAUAAGUAUCGAGGCUAUCAGGGUCGGUGAAACAGGUUCUUAGAGUUUUAUCAUGCUGUAGAUGUGCUUUUAAACCUUGAUCUGGAAUUGAACAAAGUACCUAACUGCGGUGAAUAUUUGAUAUUUAGCUGUAUACAGUAGGUAAAUGGGUACUAAUUUUAUUUAUUUCACACUGCCGUCCAAGUUUUGUGAGUGAACGAAUACAAUUUUAACAUUAUGUAACUUCAGUACAGGAGUCGUAGAACCAAUAGAGAUAUAAAAUAGUUACAAAAGUGCCUGAAAGCUUGUGAAGCUGUAAUUUGUAAAUGAUAUAAUUGUACCUACCACAGAAUGCCUUAUGGUGUCUAUAUGAACUACUUAUACGAAAAGUUUAAUGGGAUGGGAGUCAUUAUACUAUUUCCAUAUUUUUCGACGCACUUCAAUCUAUUUUUCAUACGUAUUUACAAAAAAAAAUAAACUUUUUGAUAAUACAUAUUUAUAUUAUGAACAUAAGCUUAUAAUUGUCUUACACAAAACGUUGUCAGUAUGUUUUUAAUAUUAAUGUUAGUGUUAAGUUUUUUUUAUAAAUAACUUUAAUGUUA